GACCUCGGGGCAGGGGUUCGGGUCCCGGCCGAGGGCUGCUUCGGGCAGGGCCCGCUCCUCCCCAGCUCCGGGGAGGGUGGGCCCGGUGGGCCUGCCCGCCAGUGCGUCAGUUGUCGGGGCUGCGGGCUGGGCCCGGGCCUGGCUCCGCCCCCUCCAUCUCCCGCGCUCUCCUCCCGGAAGCGCCGCUGCCCGCCGCGUGGCGCCGGGAUGUCUCGGACGCGCGCGGAGGUGGACGCCACGCUGCAGGCCGCCAAGCUGCGCGCAUCCGAGCUGCUGCCCACGGCGCUGAGCCUGCGCUUUGGGCCCGGCGCGCAAUGCUGCCUGCUGGAGCUGGAGCCCGCGCUGUGCCGCAGCCUGGAGGCGGGGCACAGCCUCGUGAUCCGCGGUGAGAAAGAUGAGCAAGCCGUGCUGUGCAGCGGUGACAAAACCUAUGAGCUGAAGGUGGCGGACACCUCCAACCUGCUGCUGUGUGUCCCGGGCUGCAAGACGCCGGAGCAGCUUGCGCGGGAGGCCGAGCCCCCUGACCUGAUCCAUGCUGAGAUCUUUGGUUUUGCCAAUAAUUACUGGGAAUUACGAAGAUGCAGACCUAAACUGCAGAAGCUGAGGAGACUUCUGAUGAAAAACACCUACGAAGGGCCCGACAGCCCAAAAGAGAUGGAUUCAAAUCGCACCACGUAUACAACUGAGGAUUUGCUUGAUGUAAUUCAGGCAAGCAAGGAAGAAAUAAUGUCCCACUUGCAAAUUCUGAAUGCCUGCGAGAUUGGAGGUUACUGGAGGGUUCUGGAGUUUGAUUAUGAGAUGAAGCUUCUGAAUCACGUAACUCAGCUUGUGGAUUCCGAGUCGUGGUCUUUUAGUAAAGUCCCUUUGAGUGUUUGCCUGCAGGAACUGGGCCCACUGGAGCCAGAGGAAAUGAUAGAGCACUGUCUUAAGUGUUACGGAAGGAAAUAUGUAGAUGAAGGGGAAGUUUAUUUUGAGCUGAGCGCUGAUAAGAUUUGCCGUGCCACUGCCCAGAUGCUGCUGCAGAACGCUGUGAAGUUCAAUCUGGCUGAGUUUCAGGCUGUGUGGCAACAGAGCGUCCCCGAAGGGAUGGUGACCAGUCUGGACCAACUCAAGAGACCUUUGUGGAGAGAAGCAGACCAUAGGUGCCUUACUCACGAAAUACUCACGGUCCUCCGUGCAAAAUGGUGUGAAGGUGUACAACUCCCGAAGACCCCUGUCUUAGAACAGCAGUCCGCCUGGGGAAGGGGCUUUGCAUUUUUAUUCCCGGCUCCUGAAGGCUUGUUUUCCUCUGCACAUUGGUACUGCGCGAAGAAGGACAGAAUAAAGUGUUUCCUCCUCAGUGACGUCCGUGCGGCUGUUUCUAGGAACAGUUUUUGUAUAUAAAAUUCCAUGCCUUUAUGUGGGAUUUAGUGUUCUGGUUAUUAAUGCACAAACAUUUUCUGAGAGAGCCAACAGCAGUGGUUGGAUAGAAGAGCUCUACCCAGCAGGGUGCGGGGGCACCCACUAAUCCCUGCACUCUGGGAGGCCUGAGGUAGGAGGAUCCCAAGUUUGAAUCCAGCCUGGCAACUGAAGUGACUUAGAUCCUGUUUAAAGAUAAAAACCGAAGAAAGAUGGGAUGUGGCUCAGCACAAAGGCCGGAGAUCAGUUCCCAGCGCUGCCCUCCCACCGGCAACUUCAUUCACUUAAAUGCUGUUAAGCAAGUUCCCCUUGCAGUUUUCCACCAACACGGGAAGUCGCUAGGUACCACCGGUCCUUUGCAUCUGCUGGUCACGCUGCAGCCAGCUUGGUGACUGUCCCAUCCCUGGGGUACCAGGUGCCUGCACACUGGGUAAGACAGAUUCAGACCUGGAUGCUGUGUGGAGAAUCCUAAUGGACCAGUGCACGCUCUUCACAUGCAGGUAGACACCGGGAACCACGGCCCUCUGGGCCAGUGACGGCGACAGCCCUUGUGGCAGCAGAGGGCCACGGCUGCCCAGCACGGCUCCAGGUUUUGCAAUGCUUGCCAAGAGGGUUUUGGUCUUUUGUUUGUUUUGAGACCGGGUCUUAUGUAGCCCAGCCUGGCCUCAAACUCACCGAGAUCCUUCUGCCUCAGCAUCUGGAGUGCUGGGGUCACAGGUGUUGAGUUCUUUAGAGCUUGCUUUUCCUAAUUUGUUUUAGACCAAAGUUCAGGGACCUUUAAAUUGGCCAAUAAACCUGUCACCAGGCUGGCUGGAGAGCAAGCCACGCUACAUCCGGUCCAAGGUUUAAAAUGGUGAAUGGAGAAUUCAUGAGGCACAGAACUUCAACUAUGUGUCAGAUUCACUCUUUUUAUGCACCUGGAAGGUGAACGUGAUGAGUUCAACUUCUCUGUGUUUCAACAAAUGUCUCUGCUCUGUACGGACUGUGUAAGAUACAGCAUAUCACAUAUUGGAAAUGUACUGAUACCUGCCAUCAUAGUCUACACACAGACUCUAUAUAAUACAUGUUACUGCCAAAAACAUGCAGAUAUGUGUCAGGAAAAAAUCGUGUAAAUAUUUUAACGGUAACUUCAUAGGGGCGUCAUGCGAUUAACUCGUUACCUCUGACCUCCACAAUUACAAGAGGUGUUCAGGUGGGGGCUCUCCCACCUCCAGACACAGGAGUGUGUCGAGGGGCCACCUGGGUGACGCAGUCCAGCAUGUCUUGAGAGACCCCUGUGCACACGUUUUCAACCUCUUCCCGGAGGCUGGCAGUGCAGGACGUCCUGCAGGGAGCACAGGAACCUGACAGCACCCCUGCGUUCCUGCAGGUGCGUGCCCAGGUAACCCGCAGGUCACCCUGGCAGUUUGGCAGGGCUGUCAUGUAAGAACUCUAGGAUCCUGCACGGGGCAUGUCCAGGUACACGUGGGCUGUGACAGCUCCUCCAGAGAAAAGCGGCCCUGGGGCGACACAGCACCACACCAGCAGUGGAGAUGCUGCUGGGUCCGCUGGGUCCGCUGGGUCCGCGGGUGCCUGGGAAACUCACUUCUGUCCGCACAAGGGCCACCGAGCUUGAAUGGCGCCUGCAGGACCACACGAUCCUUCGGGUGAAGUCCUUGCCCUGGCCUGCCUGUGUUGGAGCCACCCCAAAACUGGCUCCUCUGAUCCCUGCGGGUAUGGAACAGGGUGGGGCGCAAGUCGCUGCACUGAACGAAGGCUGCGCUGGACCGGGUGCUGCUCAGCCAGGUCUCCCGUGGGCACUGCAGGGCCUGCCGGACUCCGCCCUCUGUGCUCCUCGCCUGGCAGGGGGGUGGGGGGGUGGGGGUGGAGCUGGUUCCGGGCUCCUGCCUCCGGGCCGCACUUCACCGAUGCUCGCCAGCCUGAAACCUUAGUUCCUUCAUCCAUGACUGUGCUUCUGCCAGUGUCCCGCGGCUUGGUCACCUGCUGCUACGACUGCCACGAGGGUGACACCAUGGCACGUAUUUAUGCACAUGUAUGUACUAGACAUAUCGCAUACAGUUAUGCAUAUAUAUGUGUAUGAAUACAGUACUACAUGCAUAUGACUAGGUUCAUGCAUAUAUACUAUAUAUGUACUGUACCUACGUGACUAUAACUGUAUAUACUGUAUACGUACGUGAAUAAAGCUAUUCACAUAUACUA